AUGAUCCCCAAGGAGCAGAAGGAGCCAGUGAUGGCUGUCAUGGGAGACCUUGCUGAACCAGUCCCUUCACUGGACCUGGGGAAGAAGCUGAGUGUACCCCAGGACCUGAUGAUAGAGGAGCUGUCUCUGCGAAACAACCGGGGAUCCCUGCUCUUUCAGAAGAGGCAGCGCCGGGUGCAGAAGUUCACCUUUGAGCUGUCAGAAAGCUUGCAGGGUAUCCUGGCGGGAAGUGCCCGAGGGAAAGUGGCUGGCAGAGCGCCGCAGGGGACGGUUCCCAAUGGCCCGGCGGAGCAGAACCAGCAGAACCACAGUUCCGAAAUCCACGUGUUCCAUGAGUCACCUGGGGACGCCUGGACAGCCCACCCGGGUGCCGCUGGGGCUGAAUCGGUCCGAAGUCCAAGCGCCCUGGCGCCAGGCUACGCGGAGCCGCUGAAAGGCGUCCCGCCUGAGAAGUUCAACCACACCGCCAUCCCCAAAGGCUACCGUUGCCCGUGGCAGGAGUUCGUCAGCUACCAAGACUACACGAAUGGCAGCAGAAGCCACACUCCCAUCCCCCGCGACUAUCGCAACUUUAACAAGACCCCCGUGCCAUUUGGAGGACUCCACGUAGGGGAGACCAUUUUCCAAGCAGGCACUCCUUUUGUCCCAGAGCCCUUCAGUGGCUUGGAACUUCUUCGUCUCAGACCCAGUUUCAACAGGGUUGCUCAGGGCUGGGUCCGGAAGCUCCCUGAGUCUGAGGAGCUGUAACUCUGGCCUGAAGCUACAAUUCCCUGGGCUUGAGGCUCAAGGAACAUCAUUUUGUCUUGAGUUUGCUUGCUUUUUUUCUUUCUCUCCCACCCUUUAUUUCCCCCACCCCGCUCUCUCUGAGACAGGAUCUCACUCUCUAGCCUAGACUGGCCUGGAACUUAGUGUGUAGCCCAUUCUGUCCUGGCCUCAGCUUUCCAGGUGCUAGGAUUACAAAGUGGGCAUGUGAGGGUAACGACACACUGAACAUUAUUAGAUAUAGCAGUUCAAAGGUCACUGCGUUCAUUAGUCCUCAAAGCAGCAUGGAUUUGCCUCAGACUCACAGCCUUAGAUUUGCCUGUGAUAGAGGUGCUGUGGCCUGUGUAAGCUCCUAUGGUGUGUGUCUGUGGGAAGCCAUACCCAUGCCUG